UAAUCAAGCAUUGUAUACGCCAAUGUCAUUCACUUCAUGGGCAUGACAAAACAACAUUUUCAAAGAAUAAAGAUUUUGAACUUUUGAAAUAUUGUGCUAAUGAUAGAUAGGAAAGUGGAAAGUGUUUUGUUGAGAAAUGCUCCCAAAAACCUUCAAUUGAUUUCUCAAGACAUACAAAUGGAUAAUAUACAUGCAAUUGCAACUAAAAUAACCAAGGAAAUCAUAAGUGUCAUCGAUGAUGUUUUUUUCAUUUUGUGGAUGAGGCUCGCGAUAUGUCGAUAAAAAAUAUAAUAGCUAUCGUGUUGCGCCAUGUAAACUAAGAAUAUAUGUAGUUGAGAGAUUUCUUGGGGCAUCGUAUUGUUCGAAGGAAAAAAUUUAUAUUAGUUAAUAGUAGGGAUAAAAGAUAAGAUUCUCUUCUUCGUAGUGUUGUUUUAUUUUGCUACAACAAAAUCUCUUUCAGUUAUCAAUGUGGAUGAUUUUAUACUUUCCUUUUGAAAGUAUCGCUUCCAACAAAAAAUAGCAUAGGUUAAUUUUAGUUUUUUGGAUGUGUAAUUAAUCAUGUUUUCAUAAUUUUGUCAAUUACGUGAUAAGUCAGAUUCCAUAUCUUUAAGAAUCAGUCUUGAAUUGGAAAUUUUCAGGUUGAACAAAAUGUGAAACAUGCACAACCAUCUUAACUUUGAUGGACAUAAACACAAGAUAAAAAUUGAAGUAAGUCUAGUAAUGAGGUUAAGAAUGAGCAACCAACAAAAUCUCUUUCAGUUAUCAAUGUGGAUGAUUUUAUACUUUUCUAUUGUAUGUAUCGCUUCUAACAAAAAAAUAUCAUAGGUUGAUUUUAGUUUUUUUGGAUGUGUAAUUAAUCAUGUUUUCAUAAUUUUGUCAAUUACGUGAUAAGUCAGAUUCCAUAUCUUUAAAAAACAGUCCUGAAUUGGAAAUUUUCAAGUUGAACAAAAUGUGAAACAUGCACAACCAUCUUAACUUUGAUGGACAUUAACACAAGAUAAAAAUUGAAAUAAGUCUAGUAAAGAGUUUAAAAAUUAGCAUAUUGUACUAUGGAGAAUUUUUGGAUGAUACUUAAACAAUUACGUGAAUUAAUGAUGUGACCAAUUAUGGAGAAUUUUCAAAAGCAUAUUGUACAAUGAAAUGAGUUUAAUCGAGAGAUAUAUGAUUCUUCAAAUGCAAUGAGAUUCUUUUGUUUAUAAAUGAUUUAUAUACUUAUAAAAUGUCAAUAAACAUUUUGUCUCAUUGAUUAUUAACUUUGAGUUUGUUUUUGGAUAUCCAGCAUUCUUAUGAUGAACAGAUCGACAAGCUGUCUUGGCUGUUCAAUGAGCCAAAUUGUAUAAAAUUUGGUCAAGUUUCUUUGACUGCCUGCAUGAGAAAUUAGUUAUCUAUAUUUUUUAAGUUAUAAAUGUUAUUAAUUAUGACUCAACUCAUACAUCGGUUGUAUUAUAAAAAAAAAAUUUCCGGAACCAUGCACAACUCUCUCAAGUGUCUUGGAGCUUAACAUGAGAUCAAAUAUUUUCAGGUUGAACAAAAUAUGAAACGCACAAAACCCUCACAAGUUUUUUAAAAUUCAACAAAAUAUUAAAUAUUUAAACAGGAAAGAUAAAAAGAUUAAAAUUGAGCAACAAAAUUUUCUUAAUACAAAAUUUUCAUCUAAUUUGUGUUUUAUGCUCUUCCUUGUCUCAUAGAUUAUUAAUCAGAAUCUGAUUCUUUUUCUUUCUACUCUUUUGUGUCAUCCAUUGUAAUCCACUUGAAAAUGCUAAACUCUCUCCAAUUUGUUGGAUCUUAACAGAAGAUCAAAUAUUUGAGCAAAAGUGGUAAAAUUUCUAAGAAUUUGCAACCAAAUUUUCAUUACUCAUAAUUUUUGAAUUAGUAAAACAUUUAUAUGGUUGAUGAGCUGACCAAUUCUCAGAGACGUUUAUGCAAUGAGUUCAACUAAGAUAGAGGAUUAGUUUUGAAAUACACAUCACAUACACUAUUUUCUAUUAUAAGUAAUAGAUGUUCAUAUUCGUUUCAAAUUUUUUGAUAUACUUGCAAAAUGUAAAUAAAUAUAUAUUUCAUUGAUUAUUAACUUUUGAAUUUGUUUUUGUAUGUCUAGACUAGGGAUGGCAAUGGGUCUGGUUGGGUCGGGUUUUGCGAAACCCAAAUCCAUGGGUUUAUCCGUGAAAAAAACCCGGGGUAAAACCCACUGGGUUUGAAAAACUCAAACCCAACCCAACCCGCUGGGUAUCCACGGGUUCAUGGGUACCCACGGGUUUUUGUCGUAAAAAAUUUACUAACAAAUUCCUAUCAAAAUUAAAGUCAAAUAUCAAUCUCCCAAUACAAAUUAUCCAUAUAUAAAACAUCAUUCUAGAAAAUUCAAGCAAAGCACAAAUUAACUAUACAAAUUGUUCAAGACCAAUCUAGAAAAUUCAAGAAAUUGAAGCAAAUCACAAAUUAUCCAUAAAUAACAUGAUUAAUUGAAAGCUUCUUCCUUUCAAUUAAGUUUUUCACUCUCCACUCGAUAACAUCAACUUCAUACUACAUAACUAGAAAGAAAAAAUUAGGCAUGUCUCCACCAACAUAAAUAAGAUUAGUUGUUUAGAAUAUUAAAUAGGCCGAGAAAAUUAAUUAUAUGGGUGUGGGAGGGUACCCAUGGGUCGGGUUUACCUAAACCCAAACCCAACCCAACCCGGUGAAUAGUGAACGGGUUUAAACCCAAAACCCGUCAACACGGAUUUUACCCGUGUUGACCGGGUUGGGUCGGGUGGGUACCCGUGGGUUCGGGUUUUGUUGCCAUCCCUAGUCUAGACUGUGAUGGAUGUUUAACAUGGUAACCAUAAAUUUUAUGUUUUUUUUUUGUUAGACAAAUUGUCAUCAUGGAUUAACAUUUUGUGCUUUGAAUAAAUUUCACAAUUGUAGAAUGAGUCGCAUGACUUCCUACACUAUCAAUGAAAAAUUGUGAUUACGAAGAAGACAACUCUCUUAAUUAUGAGAGAUUUGGAUCAAUAGAUCAACAAGUUCUGAUCCUUGUUCAAUGAAGGAUGUUGUAUAACUUUUGGUCAUAUUCUUUUGAUGGAAUACAUGAAAAUUUAGUAGAGAGUAAAAGUUAUAUAAUUGAGUUAUAAAGUUAUUAAUUGAAAUCAACUCAUUAUUUGUUUUAAAUAUUUUUGAAUUUGGAUAAUAAUAAAAUACUUAUAUGAAUUGAUGAGCUGGCCAAUUCUGUGAGAGGUUUAAAAGCAUAUUGUAUUACGGAUUGAGUUCAACUAAGAUCAAUGAUGAGUUUUGAAAUAUGGAUUUGUGUAACAAAAAUAAUGCAAUAAUAUUUUGUUGGUCUUGUAAAGAUUAUAAAUCGCAUACACGAUUUCAUAUGGUAAGUAAUAACAUUUUUUAUUCAAAAUUGUUCAUAUACUUGCAAAAUGUCAAAAAAGUAUUUUGUCAUAUUGAUAAUUAACUUAACUCAGUUUUUUUGUGUAUAUCUAGGUUAUGAUGGUUGAUUAAUUGGGGUAACCAUUGACUUAUAUUCGUUUUUCUAGUUUUCAUUUAAUAAUAUUCAAUUUUUCAUAGUCCUUGAGCUAUAAAGGUUAGUAAGUGAAACUCAACUAAUGUACUGUCGAUAAUCUUUCAACUUCUUAUAUUUCAUUUUUGUUCUUUUUUGUCAUCCACCGUGGGGUUUAUUAUCGAGAUAUUCUAGAGAUACCAUAUGUGAUACUAUUUAUCUUUCUUUUUUUUUUUUCUAGAUUGACAUUUCUGUAAAAAGAUAAGAGAUGUUAUACCUUUUACCUACUACUACUCAAUACUUUAUGGAUGAGGUAGUUCUUGUUUAAGUAUUGUUUUUUUUUAAUAUUUAGAUGAUUAUUUGUAUGAUGGUUCACUAUUUUUAUUAUUAUUAUUAUUAUAGUGGUGGACUUAAUUGUGCAAUGAUGUUAGCAUGUACUAAUCUAAUAUUGUUGAGAGAUAAUAUUGUAUUAUUGAAUUCUUUUGAGAAUAUGGUUUUGGAUCCAUUAGCAAAAUUGGUUCACACUUGUUUAUAAAUCAUUUGAAUUUUAGACUAUCAUUAUUGGGAUUAUUCCGAUAAAAUAUAAAAAGAUGGUAACAGAAAAUAAUGGUAAAUGCGUGACAUUUACCGUAUAAUUGAUGGAUGGAAUUGAUUGGUAUGGAUGGUGUCCGAAAGUACUAUAACAACGAUAUUCUAAAAGCUUUGUCAACCUCCAACAAUUCAGUGUGCUAAGUGCAUUGUGCUCAAACUAGCAAAAUGCCCAACAUUGCAACCCAUACACAAGCUAAACACCUAUAAUGAUAGAAAAUAAUUCAACAAACUACCUAUUUACUAGUCCUCUCCACCAAGAAUCUAUCAUGAAAAGAUAAAAAAAAUCAAAACUCAAAGAAAGACACCUGAAGCAAUGUGUAAGGAGAAACACUUCAGUACUAACUUUUUAGCUAAUAUGUAGGCUAACCUCAACAAACUAUGAGAACUUCUCAAUUCAUCUAGGUAUCACAAGACUUCCUAGAGAACUGGUCAUUCUCAUGGUGUGAAACAUAAGAAAUAUGAGAAGACUAACAUAGAAAUCAGAAAGCAUUGGCCUAAUAGCAUAAACAAUUCAAAUCAACCCCUCUUGGGCGACAAAAAAUACGAUUGGAAAAUCAUUAUCAUUUUGGCAAACACAUUUUAAAUAUAGUGCAUCAUAACAAUUUCUUGAACAUGAGAAUGUUAAUUUCCAGAUGUAUUGCUCUAGGAUUAAAGUGAUUAGUUGAGAAAGGUUACGACACUGACGACGUAGAUGUAAGUAGAAUUAGAAUUAUGUUCAGGUGUUAUCAAAUUCAAUCUGCUAACUUCACCCCUGAGCAUUCAAAGUUAUCUAAGACUUCUUCGUAAAAUAUCUCUCUAUAAUAUCAGUAUAUGCUCUAUUAACCUUCUAAUAUCAGUAUGCUCUCCUAUAUAUAUGAUAAAUGUAAUGGGAUGAUGUAACGAUUCUUUUCCAAUUAAUGAAAUCUGCUUAUCGGCUUCUGCUAAACGACAUGGUACUAGAGGGUGACUUUCCCCUUUCUUGACCUUCGUUUUUUUUCUUCGUUUUAUUGCAUUUUCUUUCAUUUUCUCGAGGUUUUGUAGAGAGACGAACAACGCGUUUGAUUCUCUACCUCUGCUUCUUGAUCGUUCCAUUGAUCGACUUCGAUCUAAUCUCCGCUCACUCCGCUCUCUGAUUCGAUUGAUUCUCCUCGCCGAUCAUGUUUCUUUGUUCCGAUCGAUUUGACUACUUUUCUUAAUCGCUUCGAGUUCUUCAUCACACUUUCAAAUCUAUCAAUAUGGCAACUUUCUCCACAAUCAGUGCGACGACUAGUUCACCGCCAGUCGGUGCCCAUCAGGCGAUGUUCCUUCUCCGUUCAAUAUGAUGCCUCCUUCAGUUAGCGCGGACCUUCGUCGAUCGGCGCUACUCAUUCACCGGCGCAUCCAUUUUUUUCUGCAAUGGGUGAUCUCUCUACUCAUCAGAUCUUCACUGUGCUACUUUCGGGCUACAAUUAGUAUUGCUGGGUGAGAUCGAUGUGCAUGCACGAAAUAAGUUCCUGCUGAUAGAUUCUCACACACUAGUUCCUUCGUCACACGAGCCUUUGUGGAGUGCUUGGGAUCAAGCCAACAUCAUUGUUCUAGGAGGGAUUCAACGUUCUGUUUCAAUAGAAAUUGCCUAGAACAUCUUGUGGUUCAACAUGGCUGUGGAAGCUUGGGAGGAUAUCGGAGAAUGCUUCAAUGAAGGGAAUGAGUACGGAUUUUGGAUCUCUAUUACGAAAUCUCUGCCCUCAAGUAAGGUUCACUGUCUAUCAGUUCUUACUUCACUAAGUUCCGAGUAUUAUGCAAUUGUGCUGCUACGUCGAUUCCACGAGAAUAUAUGCGUAGAGAUCAAGUGAUUCGUUUUCUAAAGGGGAAUGAGAUAUUUGGUCACAUUAGGUCUCAUUUUUUGUUGAUUGAUCUAUUGCCUUCUAUCAACAAGGUGUUUUCUAGCUUAGAUCAGCAGGAACGACAGUUUGUCAAUCCUUCUUUACUCCCCACUUCCCUAGCUCCGUACAGUCAUGGAGCUUCAAAGGGACAACAUUCUGGCUAGGGGGCUACUUCUAAGGUUCAAGACUUCUAUGUUGGGGUAAGAAGAUGUCAUUCUGUACUCGCUGUGAAGGCUAUGAGCACACAGUUGAUCGUUGCUACCAGCUUCACGAGUAUCCACCUGGAUACAAACAUUGUCGAGCCAAUGCAGCCACUUCAGAGAUCAAUCCUCCGAAUACUACUGAAGGACUUGAUGGUGAUGAGUCUGUUGUUCUUAACAAAUCCCAAUAUCAUCCCUUAUUGCAUCAGCCCUUAUUUAAUCAGCCUCAACCACAGCAAGGGUAGUGUCAAAUGCUACUCUAGUGGCCAAUCUGGUCAUCUCUACUUGACAAGAGACUUCUACAUCGGCUGCUCCUAUCUUUUCUACUGGUGGUUCUGGUAAUUCAAGCUAUGUUCCUCAACCAGUUGGGAAAUUGGGACCAACAUUGUCAUAGCAGAAGACACUGGUACUAUUCUUUCCUCCAUAAACUCAUCUUUAAACUCUAUGGAAUGGAUAGUAGAUAAUGGUGCAAGUGCAAUUGACCACGUUGUGUCUGUCUUGCAUAGGGGUGGUUAUACGGUCUAGUCUGGUUAUAUUGGCCCGAAUUGAUAUGGUCCCAUUCUGGUCUUUUCGGGAAUAUAAGGACCAAAUAUUGAACCGGUCCAGUCCCAAUUUGGUUUUGAUUUUAGAUUGAGCUUGUGGGGAUUUGUGUGGCCUGAGGCCUGAAAGGGUGAGGAGUUGGUUAAAUUUUGGGUGUUGGGCUCUCUUAUCCGCUAUUUAUCCAGUUUUCGAUAUGGUCCCGAACGGUUCUUUACCUCAAAUCUAAGCCCAAAAUGGAAUUGGAUUGUUUGUUAUCCGGUCUGGUCUCGGUCUGGGUUAUACAGUCCGAUUUCGGGUAAAACCAAAAAUCCCGGACCAAAUAGCCACCCCUAGUCUUGCACCUAUUUCAAACCUAUAAAACUAUAAAUAACGUGUUUGUAUCUUUACCAAAUGGUGUAAAAGUUAAUGUUACACAUGUAUGGAACAUUCAAAUCACUCUUAUGCUUACCCUAUAUGAUGUCUAUACAUUCCAACAUUCACAUUUAAUCUCAUUUCAGUGUCUAAACUAGUCAAGUCAUCAAAACGUUUACUCAAAUUUACUGCCGAUUCUUGUUUAAUUCAGGAUCUUUCGUCCAACGAGACGAUUGAUAUAGCUAAACAAGAAUCUGGCUUAUAUCAUCUCAACAUGACGUAGCCUAUGUCACAUACAUCCUCCUGUAAUGUUUGCUUUAAUUCCACACUUAUUCCUUUUGAUAUCUAGCACUAUAGACUUGGUCAUACUGUCAUCCCCUUAUCUCAUAACUUAGAUAAAACUGCCAAGCCUUCUGUAGCUCAUAAUAAAAUGCCAUGUACUAUAUGUUCUUUAGCUAUACAAAGGGGUCUUCCUUUUCCACAAAAUACAUCUCAUUCUCAUAUUCCUUUUGAAUUACUUCAUAUCACCAUAUGGGGGUCCAUAUCAGGUUCCUACUAUUGAUGGUUUCUGUUACUUUCUCACUUGUGUUGAUGAUUUCUCACAACAUACAUGGGUUUACCUUAUGAAAUCUAAAAGUGAAGCUUGACAGAUUUUAUUAGAUCUGCCAGCCUUUGUAAAUACUCAAUUUUCUUCAAAAAUUGAGACUAAUAGGACAGAUAACGGUCAAGAAUUUAACAUACAUUUGUUUUACAACUCAUUUGGUAUUCUUCAUCAAACCACUUGUGUGGCUUCCUCUCAACAAAAUGUUCAUGUUAACAAGAAACAACAACAUAUAUUGAUUUUGAUUUUUGCGAGAUACUGUGUUUCACGAACAUGUUUUCCCUCUCCGUGAUUCUUUGUCCCAAUCUGAUUUUGAUUUUUGCUUCCCAUGUAUUCAAGUUACGGAUACUACAGUCUGUAGUUCAUCGUAGUCCUCCUAACUCUUCUUCUAGCAUCGAACCAAUUUCACCUUCACCUCCCGAGGAGGAACCUCUUGAUCAGAUUGGUAUCAUUCAAGCUGUCAAACCAAAUCAUUAUGCCAGGCCUGCUCAUAUUAAGGCUCGUUCUAAGAAAUUAGAUGACUAUGUUUGCUCAGUCAAUUGUUAUGAUGUCUCAUUCCCUCUAUCUGAUGUAAUGACUUUUGACAAUCUGAGUGAUAAUAUAAAGCUUAUAUUCUAGUCAGCUCCACUAUUCUCGAACCUAAAUGUAACAUCCCGUUUCAGCUAAAAUUGUAUUAUUGUCACUAGAAAAUUUCACGAUUUGAAAUCGAGCAUUUUGGCAGUAUUUCGACGAAAAUCGGAUUAUCGAUCGGAUAAGUAUACGUAUUAAUUAUAUAUAUAUAUUAUAUCUUGGUCCAUUUAAUUCCCUCCCCCGUCUCAUUACUUUUCCAGAAACCAUUUCAUCUUCCUUUUUCCCAUUUCCGGACCGAGAGCAGAGGCAACGCGGAGAGUUCAGGGAGCGACUAGGGAAAAAUUCUAAAGCUCCAAUCUUGAGCCCUAGUGAUCCAAAAAUCCUGUAAGUAAUGCCUAAUUCAUCCAUACAUCGUGAUUUAUCGAUUUAUAGCUUUAAAAUGAGUUUUUGGUUCAGGAAUUUCUAGAAUUCCCAAUAAGCCAAAUUAGGGUUUCGGAGUAUCCGAAAGCCGGAUUGAGCCCAAAUUUCAUAUACGAGCUUCCUGCGGCGAGGUAAUCAAUCCUCUAGUUCUAAUCCUUGAAUUUCGGCAAUUAUUUAGGUCGGGGUCCAAAUCGCUGAAUUUAGCUCCAGCCAGGGUUUGAUGUGUUUUUAUCAAGAAUUUGACCGGGAGCCUAGAACUAAUAUUGACGGGGAUACUGCAGGGGAUAUUAGGACGGUCUCGGAUUUUAAUUCGGGGUUCGUUCGUGAAAUUGACGUUUUAGUACGGGAAGGUUAAACCGGUGUUUGAACGACCAGAACUGGUGAGGGAUUAGCACGGUAUACUAGGUUUGUCGUAUCACGAUAAUUAUAUUGAUGCUUAGAAUUGACCUAGGUGAACUAGAAUGGCAUGAUUAAGGGUGUAUGAACUUUUGUGCUAUAUGAUGAACCAUGGACUACUGUAUGAUAUUAUUGACUUGCCCUAAUCGAGAUGGACCUUGUUUAUGCUGAUGAUUUUGUAUAUGUUGCAAAUUGUGGGCUUGACUAUUAAUAAACCUUAUGAUGGUUCGAAAAGGUGAUUGGGUAUGAUUUUUCAUGAUUGUGGUAUUUGGAUGCACAUGUGGGAAAAUAUAUAUUCCCUGGUGAUAUUAUGACGUUUAAGGAGGAUGACUUGCACGAGGGUUUAUCCCGAGGAAGUGCAAUUAUACGACUCCUGAUUUACCUAUGUUGAGUCAAUUGUGGCCAGGUCAAGUACAUGUGCAAGUAGCGAAUUAUGAUUAAGCAAGAUGAGAUAUGGAUCAUGGAUAAGGAUAUCAAGUAAGAGUACUUUGGUCUCAUGGUCAAUUACAUAGUAAUCAGGGCUCCCCAUGCUAUUACUCCAUUGUGAUAUGUUAUGUCACACCCCUGAUGUGGUGUUGAACGUUGAUUCAUCAUGAGAUAUGACCACACCCAGAGUGGUGUUUAGUCCGAUAUGACCACACCCAGCGUGGUGUCAGGUUCGAUAUGACUACACCGGCAGUGGUGGGUCCGAUAUGACCACAUCCACGAGAUGUUUGGUCUGUAUUCCCGGGAUAGUAAUUAACAUGGGAGUAGCUAGGCGCCUAUGAUUAAAACAUGAUAAGAUGCAUAUGCAUAAGUCAAGGUGGUUGAGUCUUUUGCCUAUUGGGAUAUGAGGAUGGUUGAGGUCUGAUCCUAGUGUUUUGGCUUGAUUGUUAGAUGUAUGAUAGGGGUAUGCUCUGUUAUGAACUCACGAUGCUAUGAUUAUCUCACUCAGCUAUGAGCUGACCCCCUUUUAUUCUUCUUCUCUGCUUAUGCUAUGUGUAAGCAGAUCAUCAGCUUCAGAGUAGAUAAGUGUUAGGUGGGAGAGGAGCUAGAGUUGAAGCCAGGAUGAGGUAUGGUCUUCAACUAUUCUGUGCUUGGAUGACUACUCGAGAUUUUGGCCAGUGAUCCACACCUUUUUGUAAAAAUGUUUUGAGAACGUUUUUCAUGUGCAUACUAGCUUCUGAUGUAGUGUGGAAUAUCCACAGGUGUGGAAAGUUGAUGAUAUGUGUAUAUGUUGUGUAACUGUGUAAGUUGUAAUGAUUAUGGUAUGUAUAAGUAUGGUAUACAGUUGUGGAGUAUGAAAAGUGUGACUAUGGCUAAGAAAAGCCAAUGCAUAUGGUUGAGUAUAUAUGUUUGUGAUGAAUUAUUUUGCAGGAUAAGUUGCAAGAACUGUUAGCCCAUUACGCAAGUAAUUCAUGUCGAAAUUUUAUUUGGGUAAAUUUUGAUAUUUAAUGUAACACCCGAGAUUAAUUCCGCUGCAAUUUUAUGAACAAUAUGAUUAGGAAAAACGUAUAGGGUAGGGUGUUACACUAGAUCAUAUAAGGAAGCUAUUAAGGAUCCUAGGUAGUUGGAAGCAUGUAAUUCUGAGUUUCUUCUCUAGAUAAAACUAAUACUUGGACCAUUUUUGAAUUGUCUAUUGGUAAAAUCGCCAUAGGAAAUAUGUGGAUCUUUAAAGUUAAGUUUCUUGCUAAUUGCGACAUAGGGCGUUUCAAAGCUCGUCUAGUAGCAAAAGGAUACACACAAACACUAGGUUUGGAUUAUUUAGAAACAUUUGCAUCUGUUGUAAAACAUAGAAUUGUUAGACUUGUUCUUUCAUUAGCUGCAAUAAACAAUUGGUAUUUACAUUAACUUGAUGUCAAUACUGCAUUUUCACAUGGCGACCUUUAUAAAGAGGUCUAUAUGAAGAUUCCUCCGGGACUAGUGGUACCUCCUGGCUUUAAGAAUCAAGUUUUUCGACUUAACAAAUCCGGGACUAGUGGUACCUCCUGGCUGUCCGGAUACACGAAGAUCCACCACAAGUUUUUAUGUUCUUUUAUCUAGUUCAUUGAUUAGUUUGCGUUCAAAGAAACAUAAAACUGUUUCUCGCUCUUCAGCCGAGGCUGAAUAUAGAACAAUGGCUAGCUUAAUGCCUUAACAUGUGAAUUGAUUUGGCUUAGAUAUGUCUUGAAUGAUCUACAAAUUUGUCUCACUUCUCCCACUCCUAUAUUUUGUGAUAGCAUGUAUGCUAUUAAGUUAGCAUAUAAUCCAGUUAAUCAUGAACGUACUAAGCAUAUAGAGAUAGAUUGUCAUGUUAUUAGGGAUCAUAUUCUAGAUGGUGUGAGUAAGGUAUUUCAUGUCUCCUCAGCCAACCAACUUUCUAAUAUGUUUACAAAGUCACUGCUAGUUCAUGUAUUUCAACAGUUGCAGCCCAAGUUGGUUCGUCUCGACAUAUACGCACCAACUUCGGGGGGGGGGGGGGGGGGGGGGGGGGGGGUCGUGGAGAAUAGAGACAAGGACCCAAAUGUAAAUAAUGUUGUAUAGUUUGUAGAUUGAUAUGUAAUAUUUAUUUACUUUCAGUACUGAAUAGAACUUUAGUUUACUAUAUACAUAUGAUAAAUGUAAUGGGAUAAUGUAACGAUUCUUUUCCAAUUAAUAAAAUCUUCCUAUCAGCGUCUAUUAAACGACAAACCCAGUGUAUUGCACCGCAUAUAUCCUCGGUGCCACUCAUUGUAGCUCGAAUCCCUGCUUCGUAUUCCAUGCUUGUGACAUGAGUUUGGUCAAGGUAGUCAUAUUUGGAUCCUUAUAAGAAAGAAAAUUUCAUAUCAAACCUAACUCUUGGAGCUUCUUGUUGGUCCCACAUCUCAGGUCUGACUUCUCUACCAUAACACCAUGAGUUUCCUACUCGGCGAAACAAAGUAUCUCCGCCAUCAAGCUCCAAUGAACUUUGAACUGCCUUCCGAUAAAGAGGUGCAUAGCCAUGAAAGCGGGACUACUCACAAGGAAAAAAGGGGGAAAAAUCCUUAAAUAAAAAAGUUACAAAAAUAAAUUCUCACAAUACCGCGCUUCACAAUUUUUUUCCAAAAUAUCUAACUUUACGUUGUUUGUUGCAUAGUGAAGCGAACUAGAAAGUUGUUCAUGUGGUAGGGAAGUGAACCCUAUCCUGACUGCUUGCUUUCCAAGCGAGCCACAUGGUUUGCGAUACUGGAGACAAUGCGGAUGCAUGAUAUAUAUGUGGUGCAGAUCGCCUUGCUGGUUAGGUGAACUAGUCUCAUUGGUGCAUUAAUGUCGACAUGAAUCACUGUGUUAGCAAGUGGACGACCGUUGUAUCGCUAUGUCUUGCAGCAUUUUGAUUCGUUUGCAUGCCUUGGAAGCAACUCACUUCCCCUCAAAAUCCUAUAAAUACCCUCUCCUAACUUCCACCCCAAACACACUACUCCGCCCUUCUAUUCUCAUUCUCCCUUCCACCAUGCUCUUUGGCUGCAGCUAACGCUGACCUUUCAAACCAGAUUAAUUUUUCUUUAGUUGGUUACCCUACCAACAAAUACUUUUAAUCAACUUUUGCUCGACAUUUGUAAAAAAUGGAAGAAGCCCAUAAGGUAUCUUCCUAUUUUGUCCAAUUUUAAUCUAUAUUGCUAUGAUUUACCCAUGAGAAUCAUGUGUGGGUUGUUAUAAAACCAAUAAUGUCUUAGUAGUUUAACCAUGAUUGAUCGUUGGAAAUCAUUUAUUGUGCAUUUGAACUCUUUUCUUUGCCCAUUUGAAUUGAUUUUAUUUUUAUUUCAUACAGAUGGGAGAUGAGAAUGAUUUACGAUCCUAGAAUUUAUUAUCAUCCCAGCCAAGAAAUUUCCAAUUGUUGGAUGUGCAACCUUUUCAUUGAUCCAAAAAGUGUUUGGAUUGAAGAUCCCGUAAACACUGGAUCAUAUACCUCCUCUAUUUUUAAUUAUAAUAGUGUUCAUUUUUUCAAAAAAUAAUUAUGGAUUUUUUCUUCGUGUGAACAACUUGGUGCCAUCAUCCAUAGGGGAACAUCUGCCUUGCCCCCAUGGGAUGUACGAAUCGAGCUUUUCAUUGAAAGAGUAGGGUUGGCGAGGGCACGAUUCUUUAGAUGGAUAGAAAUUGACAACAAUCUCCUCACGAUGUUGGUAGAAAGGUGGAUGAGAGAGUCACACAUCUUUCACCUUCUCGGGAAGAGGCAGCAAUCACAUUGAAGGAUGUCGUCUUGCUCACCGAGCUGCCAAUCAAUGUUGAAGCGAUAAUUGGGAAUUCGAAAAAACCACAAGGUGGUUGGGGGCCAUUCAUACGUGCCAACUUGGGCAUCGACAUCCCCAUGGAAGCAGAAGGCCGCCAUAAAUCACCGCUAUAUAG